CCAUGGCUGUUUACCCGGCUGCAUUGUGGGAGUUUGACCUCCGCCGCCGCCAACCGCCGCUCCAGCCUGCGCCGCCGCCGCGCACGCCAUGGGAGCCGUGACUGACGACGAAGUGAUACGGAAGCGUCUCCUCAUUGAUGGAGAUGGUGCUGGAGAUGAUCGAAGAAUUAAUUUGCUAGUGAAAAGUUUCAUUAAGUGGUGCAACUCUGGAUCCCAGGAGGAAGGAUAUAGCCAGUACCAACGUAUGCUGAGUACACUAUCUCAAUGUGAAUUUUCAAUGGGCAAAACUUUGCUGGUGUAUGACAUGAAUCUCAGAGAAAUGGAAAAUUAUGAAAAAAUUUACAAAGAAAUAGAAUGUAGUAUUGCUGGAGCUCAUGAAAAAAUUGCUGAGUGCAAAAAGCAGAUUCUUCAAGCUAAACGAAUACGAAAAAAUCGCCAAGAAUAUGAUGCUUUGGCAAAAGUGAUCCAGCAUCAUCCAGAUAGGCAUGAGACAUUAAAAGAAUUAGAGGCUCUGGGAAAAGAGUUAGAGCAUCUUUCACAUAUUAAAGAAAGCGUUGAAGAUAAGCUGGAAUUGAGACGGAAGCAGUUUCAUGUUCUUCUUAGUACUAUCCAUGAACUUCAGCAAACAUUGGAAAAUGAUGAAAAGCUCUCAGAGGUAGAAGAAGCUCAAGAAACAAGCAUGGAAGCAGAUCCUAAGCCCUAGGCAAUUGAAUCACUGUUCCCCCAAAAUAUUGAAAGAGCUACAUAAUCUUAGUAUGUUUAGAAUUUGUUGUGCUCUUGACAUAUUUGAAGUUUAGCCAGUGAAGUACUUUGCUAUUAAAUAUUAAUGCACAUCUCAUUUAUAUUUCUUCAUACAAAGAAAAAUGGCUUCAGUAUAUAUGUUUUUAUUGAAAUGCAUUUUUCAUUCUUAAAAAGUAGGAAACAACAUCCAAAAAUGUUUAAUAAAAUAUCUUUAAG